AAAUCAUGCAGGAGUGAGAUAGUUUGAUUUGAUCAUGGUAAAGAUUGGUAGAGGUUGUAUUAACCUAUUCGUUACUUUUCUAUUAUAUCAAGUUAAAAGCGUAUAUGAAUAAUCUUUAGUAGAACAAUAUCAAUUAAUAAAAUCAUGUUCGCAAUACGACGAGCGGUACAAUUAGUAAGAUAUAUUAAUGUACAAAAUUCUGUUAAAUUUCAUCAUGCAUUUGCGUCCCUAAAAGCGUACUCCACAAAUACGCAGCACGAAAAAUGUGAUCUUUUGAAAGACGAUAUUAAUAAAUCAAGUAACGAAACGAAUGAUAUUAAUAAAUCAAUCAACUGUGAAAAUGAUCUUAAUAAAGCAACCAACGAAAAUGGUAAGGAAGAGAAUAAGAAAGUGUUUGCAAAAAUAGAAACGAAACUUCAAUUAAUCUUCAUUUGUAAAAAAUGCAAUACACAAAACAAUAAAAUAAUUUCAAAGUUGGCAUACCAAAAGGGUGUGGUAAUAAUACGCUGUGAUGGUUGUAAAAACAAUCAUCUUAUAGCUGAUAAUUUAGGAUGGUUUAGUGAGUUAGGUCAACAUAUAAAUAUUGAAAAAAUAUUAGCAGCAAAAGGAGAAACAGUUCGCAAGAUACAAUAUAACUCUGAAGGAUUUCUUGCUCUUCCAAAAGAAGAACUGAACACUCAAGAAGAAAAAGAAAAUCCUAAUGAUAAAUCUAAAAAUGAAAUAGAUUCAAAAUAAGGAUACAUGGAAGUAGGCAAUACUAAGACAAUAUAUAGGUAAAAAUAUAACUAUAGAUAUAAAUAAAAAUGUAGACGAAUUAAGACUUUACUAUAAAUUUAUUUUAUAAUAUGUACAUCUUCUGUUGCGUGAUAAAUUUCUAAUAUUUAUAUAUAUAUUUGAAGUGUGUUCUAAAUUUUUGUUAAUAUUAGAAUGUUGUCCAUUUAUAUUCUUCUUAUGAUAUUUUAGGAAUAAUAAUCUAUAAAGAAUAAUUGUAUCAAGAUUGUGUAUCCAUUAACAAAUUAUUAUUUGCAAUAAUUUUUAAUAUCAUCUUUUUAAGAUCUAUAUCUAAAAUUUAUAAAAUAUUUCAAAGCAUGGCAGAUUUUUACUUGGCACAUGAGAAAUUUUUUCAUGUAUACAUAUUUCACAGACUUAGAUUGAUUAAAUCUUUCAUUUAUUGAAAUUGUCCUAUGUUAAUAUAUUUUUAUUUAAUAUAGAUAGUACGUAUAAACUAUGGAUCUUUGAAAAGGAUUAUCUUUAUUUUUCUAUAAUAUAGGUAUAUAAAAAUAAGUUAAUGCCUUUUGUUUUAUAAAUAACAUUUUUGAAGAUGGACAAACAAUAUCAUAUAUGAUAAAUGUAAUAAAAACAGUUUAAGACCUAAGUAUACUAAGGCACACGUCCAAAAGUUAUCUCAUUUUGAUAUAUAAGUUCAUAAGAAUUGGAAUGAGUGUAUUAUAAUAUAUUUCAAAUAUAAUUAUUUCUUUUAUAGCAUUAUCAAAGGCACCAUGUCUCAAUCAGUCAUGCUUUAUACAAAUAAAAAAAAACCAUUAUAUGUCAACUUACACAAAUAUUUAAAAUAAUCUAUUCUUACUUUCAAAGUAAUUUCUAUAUGUUGACAAUGGUCAGAAAGACUAGCGUAUUAAUAAUUAUCAUAGGAAUUCUGUUACAUCAGCAUUAAUAUUUUGUGUAAACAAAUUAUUUUUAACUUGACAUAUCAAUGAUGAAUUAAUAUAAAAAAUUUGUGUUCAAUA